AUGAAUGUUCCCCACUCUCUCCUCGCACGACCAGGACCGAAAGAAUGCGACAAAGCAUGUCAGACGUUUGCUGAUAUUCUAUCAUCCUCUCUGACUUUCGAAACCACAGGGCGAGACAUCGACGCUACAGAGAAAAAGGAAUGGGAGCACGAGGUACAGGGUUGGCGCGAACUCUGCACGCUAAUGUGCCGCGGCAAGGCUGUCGAUAGCGCAACGGAAAACGGGAUCAAGUCAGGUGGAAAUGGAGGAUUUACGCGGCUGACGGCAAAAUGUUUGAUGACGCUCGAACGCGUAGAGGAUGUAUUGGAAUGCGAAGCGUUGAGGAAGGAGAUGGAGCAAGCCGGAUUCUGACGUGAAGAUCUUCCGACCGCUCCGAUCCCGUAUGUGAACCUGAAUGCUGUGUGUUUCGGUCCACACCUACAGAAGCUGGAUUCUGAAGUGAAAGUAAUCCGCCUGCUCCAAAUAUGGCACACCCAUAACAAAGCGUGCACAAUGGUUUAGGAUUUCCGAUACAUGCCAGCAACUAGCACAAACACACGGACGAAAUCUGCCGAAUUUAACAAUAGGUGACUAGAGGCCGCUCAACUCUGUUGACAAGCAGUCAAACCAUGCUGAAAAGACCUUGAGUUCCUAUAUGAUUUAUGUGAAUGUACAAAAAGGUCUCCCUGUGUGCAACUGUAAAUCAUUCGAUAUCCUCUUCCCAUAUCUCAUUUGUUUGGGAAACCCCCUCUAUGUUCCGCAACCAGCGCCUUCGUGGACUAGCUGGUGUAUUGGAGUUAGAGUGCCAGCCUGCGGAAGGGGUGGGAAAAGCGCUAUCCGAUUCCUUCGGUGAACUCCCCUGAACAACUUCAUUCUCUCGCGAUAGGCCUUGCUGGUCAUUGAAUGCCGAUGUCUCGGAAUCUGCGCUAUUUAGAGGAACAGGAAUAUUGCCUGCAUUACGCUGCAGACGUCUAAUGCUAUCAACGAUCGCCGAUUCAGUUCUCGGUGACAUCAACGAUUCAGAUGAAUAUGCGCGACCAAGCAACGGCUUUAUUGGAACCAAGUCGAGUGAAGAGGGGAAUUCCCGCGGGCCCGGAACCGACCGCCGAUUCCCAUGAUCCGUAUCUGACUGCUCUUCCUGGCUCACUUCCCCCGUAUCGGUCGCAUGUUGCAGUCUCCUUACGGCCACUAUAGCAGCAUAUUCACUUUGUGGGGUCAAGGCAGACACUGAAUCUGAUAAAGUGCGACGGUGCCCUCUUUUAAGAGUUCUUAUUUGUAGGCGCGGCAUCCCUUGCACUGGAUCGCUUGGCGACCGUCCAUGCAAGUAUGGUUCACUUUUGUAUCUGAAUCGUCCGGUAUUUAAUCCCCGCACUUCGCUACGCUCCUGUGAUCCCAAGUCCCCUUCCCCUAUAUCCUCGAAAAUGGUGUUUCUUAGCAUGCCUUUUGAUGAAUAUUGGGCCCCAACGAGGCCUCCUCUGCUACCACUCAAUCGGUUUCCAAGUCGCGGCAUAGGUGGACGGAUGGGUAAACCAAGGUUCAAUUCACUUGAAAACGCAGCACGGGAUGCUAAGAGGUUGACUGAAGAAAAUAUUCGAGAUCCGAAAAGCUGUGCAUGAUUCAAAGCAGUCUGGCUGGGACGAGACAAGAAUAGAGAGGUGGUAGAAGAUGAUUCGGAUGAAGAUCUUGACGUCGCAGAUGGCGACUCUGAGGUCGAGGAAAGAGUGUCGGCGGAAGGAUGCUGAACUUGAUUUUCUGUUGGCGGCCGGCUCCCUUCCCAUGUCUGGACUAUCUCGAUGAGACAGAUGUAAGCGGCACAUGCGACCAAUAAUAUUAUGGAUCCAAUGAGUUGGAGGGUGAAAGUAGUGUUCACAGCGGCCAAAGGCCUAGAGAUGAAUACAGGUAUUCCCGACAAUAUGGUACCGACUGCUGCCAAAAAUACAUUCAGUCUUCGAGAUGCCGGAUAGGGAACAGCAAGUUGUACAUUGGUAGCGGCGUUUUCUUGUGGAGCCGACGCUAUGUUUUCGCUGGGCUGUUCAUUCCCACCGGGGUCUUGCGCGGCGUCAGGUUUCUCUACCAAGCUAUCUUCAGGCUGCCAGC